AUGGCUAACAACUCUAAUAAAUCCAAUAAAAGUGUCUACUUGGUGGUAGUCAUCUUUAUUGUCAUUAUCAUGUUAUUAUGUCAACCUGUCAUCGGCGUCUCUACACCAAAUGAAAUUGAAACUCAAUCAACUUUCAAUGACAUUUAUAAAGUCCGAAUGAUAGGUUUUGGCGUUGGCGGAAUAGUUAAAGGAACCUGGGCUGCUGCAUAUAUGGCUUUGUAUGGUGGAUAUGUUGUUACUGGAAGUCUUUGUUCGGUGUUACAGAGUAUUGCACUAAGUUCCAUCAUAUAA